AUGGCUGAGGAAUUCGGUAAAUCGGUUGAAGACGGACUGAAACUAUCAAAACGGAUAUACCUGGGGAAAGACAGGGCGGUGGCGCCCCCGAAUCCUCCCUCGCACAUGGAGAAAUCAGCUGCGGUGUAUUUACCAACGGCGCCGAUGGUUUAUGCUGUUAUAACAAACCCGAGGAUUGUGGACAAUCCGGAUAUACCGAGUUACCAGCCGCACGUGCACGGGAGGUGUGACCCGCCAGCGUUAAUUCCGCUCCAGAUGAACCGGAUUGAACUGGAAGCGGAUUCUUAUUUGGAUACCGCUUUCGUUAAAAUCAGUGGAUCCUGGAGGGUUCAUUGUGUUAUGGGAAGUAAAAGCUGUGAUUGCCGUCUUGCCGUUCCUAUGGGCGAGCAGGGUUCAAUUCUAGGUGUUGAGGUGGAGGUUUCUGGAAAGUUGUAUCACACGGAAUUGGUUGCCAUUGAAGAUAAAAAAUAUUUGGAAAAGGAAGCCAGGCUUGAAAAUGGAGGCUAUUUGAAGCCACAUAUAUUUACAAUAACGAUACCCGAAGUUGACGGGGGAUCAAUACUUUCAGUUAAAGUUAGUUGGGUACAGAAAUUACUGUUUCACAAAGGUGAGUUCUCGUUGAUUGUACCAUUUAGUUUUCCGGAGUAUGUCACUCCUCAUGUAAAGAAGCUACCCAAAAAAGAAAAGAUACAGUUGAAUGUGAAUUCCGGUACUGGAAGUGAAAUUGUGUGCAAGACAACUAGUCAUCCUUUGAAGGAAUUAAGACGUGAAGUUGGAAAAUUGGGUUUCUCAUAUGAAUCAGAAGUUCUCACUUGGACAAAUGUUGACUUUACUUUCUCAUAUGCUGUCCCUUUGAAUCAUAUAUUUGGUGGAGUGCUUUUGCAAGCUCCAUCUGUGCAUGAUGUUGAUCAAAGAGAUUUGUUUUGUCUCUAUCUUUUUCCUGGAGGUCAUCAGAGUAAGAAGGUGUUCAGAAAAGAGAUAGUAUUUGUUGUUGAUAUAAGUGGAAGCAUGGAAGGAGAGCCCCUUGAGGGUACAAAGAACGCCUUAUCUGCAGCACUCACAAACCUUGAUUCCAAAGAUUCCUUCAACAUCAUAGCUUUUAAUGGAGAGACUUAUCUCUUUUCCUCGUCAAUGGAAUUGGCCUCUGAAGAAACGGUUGAACGGGCUACUGAGUGGAUUAAUAUGAAUUUCAUUGCUGGUGGCGAUACAAAUAUCUUGGUUCCUCUGAAAAAGGCAACAGAAAUGCUAUCAAGUUCUCAUGGUUCAAUCCCUGUCAUCUUCCUUGUCACUGAUGGGGCUGUUGAAAAUGAAAAACACAUCUGUGAUGUAAUGAAAAGUCAUAUAACAGGUGGAGGAUCAAUAUGUCCACGUAUUUGCACCUUUGGCAUAGGUUCAUACUGUAAUCAUCAUUUUCUGCGAAUGCUUGCAAUGAUUAGCAGGGGUCAAUAUGAUGCUGCCUACCACAUAGAUUCAGUUGAGUCUCGAAUGCAAAAUUUGUUGAGCAGAGUUUCAUCUACAAUUGUUGCAAAUAUAAACCUCAAAGCCUUUGAUGAUCUUGAUGAAGUUGAGGUAUGCUCUGAAUUACUUCAAAUAGACCUUUCUUCUGAAAGCCCAUUGAUUGUUUCUGGGAGAUAUCAGGGAAACUUCCCUGAUACUGUUCUAGCUGCAGGUCUUUUAGGAGAUUCAAGUAAUUUUUCUUUAGAUUUGAAGGUGCAAAAGGCAAAGGACAUUCCUCUUCAUAGGGUCUUUGCAAAGCAACAGAUUGAUCAACUCACUGCACAGGCAUGGUUUUCAGAAAAUAAGCAGCUCGAGGAGAAGGUCGCAAAAUUGAGUAUACAAACUGAUGUUGUUUCUGAAUACACUUGUAUGUCAUUACUUAAGACUGAUGGAAGAAAUCAAGCAGCAGAAUCACCUGGAGGGAAUAAGUUAUCAAAGAGAGAAAGUCCCCAGAAGGUGUCUCAAGGCCAGAGAAGAAUAUUCCUAAGGAACCUUGGUGUCGGUUUUGGCAAUUUGACUGCAACAGCUGAAAACCUUCGUCCAGGAGCUGAAGAGUCGAAGUUGCCCGAGGCAGCAGAAAUUAUCAUUAAGGCAGCUUCAAAUUGUUGUGGCAGGAUGAAAGAAAAAGUAGAGUUCAGCGUACGCAAAUUAUCCGCCUAA